CAGUCAUAGGAUUAGGGUUUAGAACUCCAUCGUUUUCUUGCAGCUGCAGAGGCAACGCAGUGAGUUGAAGGCGGCCUUCCAAGACGACCGAGCAAGAAUCAAAAUGGGCCAUUCCAACGUUUGGAAUUCUCAUCCGAAGAACUACGGGCCUGGUUCCCGUACGUGUCGGGUAUGUGGAAACCCUCAUGGGUUGAUCCGGAAGUACGCCUUGAUGUGCUGCAGGCAGUGCUUCCGCAGCAACGCCAAGGAAAUCGGCUUCAUCAAGUACCGCUGAAAGUUGAAAGAAUCUGAUUUUGCAUCGGCCAUGAAGAUGUCAGAAAUAUGGAGCUGGAGAGCUUUUUCUUUUGUUGCUGUUACUUUUCCUCUUUUCUUAUUUAAGAUGAUAAUGUAGCAUAUCUUAAGCUUGACAAUUAGUUGUUGACUGGGCCGUUGUUGAAAACUAUUUGUUGGGUCUAAAUUUUAUUUCCAGUUGAUAUGCGCUUUGGUUGUUAAUG